AUGCUUGCCCGACGGAGGGAAUUCCUCUCACCCAACCAAAAGAGACAACCACUACUUCUUCCGACACCAAGGCAAAAUACGGUCUUGGAAUUUCACCCACCCGCUUACGAACUCAUAAACGCCGGUCUAAACAGAACUUCAAACACGUCAAACGCGUACUUCUUCAGGGCUCUCGGUCUCUCAACGACAGCAAUAGAGGCCACAGUUUGGGCGAGGUUCAAGCUCCUUCCUCUCGUCCAUCACCCCGACAAGGCUGAUCCGGGACGCAAGAAUGAGGUUACUGACCGUUUCUGCGAAAUUCAACACGCGUAUGAGUAUCGCAUGUCUCACCUUGACCCCAACGCAUACGACGUUGCAAAGAGAGAAGAUGACGAAGGCUGGGACGGCGAGCUUCCCACUGGUAUCUUCAACGCCAAUAGCGCAUGGUGGAACGAACUCAAAGGCAUUGGGCCUACCCCAGUUAUAGAAUGGGCUGCAGCCUGCUAG